UCAACCUGUACAUCCACUUCAGGAACAGGGUUAGUAAUGAAGCACGCAAUUAUUAUUUUUUUCCAACCAAACAAGGGCAACAUCUAUGCCUAUGAUAAAGAUUUAGUUUCUCGAGACAAGAAGAUUCAUGGUUGCGAUGUCUGGUUCAUCUUGUGUCACUUGUCUUGAGGGUGUCUCGCAAACCGCUUGGAAGCUCUUGGCGGGGGUCUUGCGAACACCAUUUUCCACACAAGUAGAUGAGCAAGAGCCUCCUGAUGAUCCGAACUUCGAUUGGGGGCCGAAUAUAAUUGGUGCCUCGGUUCCCAAGUUGAAGGGCCCCAAUCCAGACAAUGCCAGUGUACGACUAUCUUCAUCUUCGACGCUUCUAGAAGAAGAAGUGUUGAAAAGUGUGGUAGGAGGAGCGGACAGUAAUAUCAAUGCAGUGAAUAUGUUGGAGCGACGGUGUCUGGAGUACAUCUACGCACGUCGUCGCAAGCGUCGGAAGGUGGGUAAUUCACAAGAUGAGGAUGAUCUUGUUGAAAGAAACAACUUCAUCUACCCCGACCACGGGGGGAAAGAGGAGGACCAGCAGGCACACCAACUCCCACAAGACAUGGCCAUUGUGAAGAAUAUUCUGUUAAGGCUGUACCUAACACAUCUUUGGCCGCAUGCUUGAAACGUAUGGAGGGGUAUCUCAAGUGAAUACUCCCUCGUACUUUUGUUCAAGGGUGCACUUGAAAGAUGAAUUGCGGACAGCUCUAAUUCUGUUUGAGUUACCUUGUAGUUGUACGUCUUCCUCCACACACAACGCGUCUUCUACGUUCUUAGAGGGGGACAGGGACUAUGAGGAAGAGGAUGCAACAAGGUCAGCACCAUGCUGGGAAUGGAUCGACUCGUAUUAUCUGAAAUGGGAAAUUGAGGAGAUCGAAGACUAUCUCAUCGACUUGAUGAAAGAUAACACUGAAGAAACUCAGGAUGCACUCCGCACACUCCUGGAUUUAUGAUCAUGUGUUUUAUUUUCUCUGUCAGAAUACCAGAACCAUUCAAUAGAUAGAAUCGCCUGCAGAUUGUUCCGAAGUGGAAACUUUUUACUAAAUAGAUAAAGUUCAUAGAUUCGCCUGCAGACCCUCCCGAAGCGGGAUUUUCAGGAAGGGCCGACGGAGAACGAUUGGUAUAACGUGGACGAUCCGGUUGUGAUUAAACAGCGAGGCGUUCGCCUCCUCAUAUCAGACUGUCUGUCACUUGAACAACGAAUCACCCAAUACGUUCUAUCGCCUUCGGAGUCAAGUAGUUUGUUUAUGUUGGGUUGUAGUCUGUUUGUGGUUUGCUUCCAUUUGUUGUAGUAGAUUGAUGCAUGUGGGUGCAUCGAGUUGAGUAGUUUUACGAAGAGAGAAGUAAAACAAGUGGCUCUAUCUUCUAUUAGAAGGACUUCGUUCUAGAUGUAGUUAUACAUAAGUAGACAAAAAAUGUAUAAAUGUCGACAACAAGAAGAAGUGCUCUUGAGUAGGGUUUCUUCUUAUACUUGCGAUCGAGCGUAACGGAUUGGAACGGGAGCUCUACCUGAAGAACGUGAUGACCGAGUGGGAUGCCACUUCACAGACACAAUUACUCGCAUGGCAUCGAGACCUGUGUGAUGCUGUGUGGUCGAAGAUAACGAAAAGACGUUUUGUGGUCGGAGAUAAUGAUAAGAAUCUUGCGAAAUUCCACGAGUUGCUGUUCUCCAGGUAUGUUUUCUUCAGCACUGGAAGACAUACGACGCUGAAAGACAUACUGGCCUCAAUAGUAGAUGAAGUGCAGUUCUUGCUACCGCACAUGAAAGGGAUCGACACGCAGUUUCGUGAGUACCUGCUGGAGCUCUGGGUACACCUUACCGGAGAAAACUUCGUCGAAGAUAAUGUUGAAAUAAGGAGGAGCUUUUUUCCUGGUGUAGCCGGUUGUACUUACCGCAAGAAAGCGACGCAAAGGCAUGCAAUCGCAGAAGAGCUCUUCGGAAUAGCAGAGUUUAUCAGGAAUUUUUAUAGUAGUAGUUCUAUUGCUUCUACAAGAACUGCUUCGGCUACUUCUAACAGGAGCAGCAUUUCUUCUAUAUUUAAUAUUACUGAAGCACUUCCAAAAACAUCAACACUUGUCGAGAAGAUGAAGGGGUGUUACGAUUCGCUGGGGGACCAGCCGCGAGUGUCGGCGCUGAUCUCCACUGUAGACCAAAAGCUUUCGCUAGCAAAGCAACGCGGAGACUCGCUGGAAGUCCGCAAAAAGUUUUUCCAGCAGCUAGUCUUGAAGUACCAUCCAGACAAGAACCAAGAAUACCCUGAAAAUGUUUCAAAAAAAGUGUUUCAACACCUGCAGAAUAUAAAAGAAAUCUUCCUUAGACCAGACUGAUUGUGAUUGUAGUUAGGACCAAGGGGAGAGGUCCCACGAC